AUGCAGCAUUCCCCCAGGAAGAGUGCCCGGCUGAACGGAGGAGAAGCCACCCCUAUAACAACAGUGAGUCAGCAGCCAGCCAGUAGUGGAGCAGGAACUCGGACGCGGGUGAACAUCACGGCGGCGUCGAUUCCUUGCCCGGCCACUACGGUGACUACAGUAGCUUCCCAACCUAGAAGUACUGCUGUCACAGCGGCGAGUUCAGUACCGGAGGUGAACCAGCCCCUCGCGUUGGAACUCAUGGAGAGGAUCGCAGCGUUGGAGAGGGAGCUGGAGAAGGCUAGAUCCCUGGAAAGCCAACUAUUUUGUGGAGCCACUGUGUGCAACAGCCACUGCGCAGCCAGCAGCCAUGGACUCGUGCUACCGGGCGUGAGCAUCCACAAUGCGGCAACAGCACUUGUCGGAUCCUACGCCGCGACGACGCCGAGUGGAAUCCAGGGAGCAUAUGGGCCAAGGAAGCUUCCGGACUUGCCUAUAUUUGGAGGGCAGCCCGAGGAGUGGCCGAUCUUCAGCUGUGCGUUCGUGAAGACGACCCGAGCGUACAACUGCACGGACCUGGAGAACAACCAGAGGUUGUUGAAGGCGCUGAAGGAUGAAGCGCGCGAGGCAGUGAAGGCGCUAUUGAUUCAUCCAGGAAAUGUCAGCGCCGUGAUGGAGCAGCUGCGCUUUAGGUUCGGACGACCGGAGCAGCUUAUACACAGCCAGCUCAACAACGUGCGAGAGGUGCAGCCAAUUUCGGAGCACAAUUUGGCCUUCUUGCAGUCAGCGAAGGCGGAGCAGCACCUGGGGAACCCAACCCUCAUGGAGGAGCUUGUGGCCAAGCUGCCAACGAGCAAGCGAGUGGACUGGGCCAGGCAUGCUGCAACGAUUGCGCCCUUUCCCACUGUAGUCCACUUCAGCGCGUGGCUACAGGAGUACGCAAACGUGGUGUGCACGGUUUUGGACGUCGAGGGAAAGGAGCCGAGGCGUCAACAGGAUGAUCGGCAUGGAGGUUGUCCCAUCUGUGGAGGACAGCAUGGAAUAUUGAACUGCAGAGAAUUUAUUGGAGCCUCGCCACAGGAAAGGUGGAGCAAUGUGAAGAGGCAUCGGCUCUGCUUCGUAUGCCUGCGAAGCGGGCACACGGCUAGAUCCUGCUAUACGCAAGGUGAGUGCCAGAUUAAUGGAUGCCGAAGGGAGCAUCACCGUCUGCUACAUGGUGCGGCCAGGAGGCCUUCGUUACGAGGUGCUCACAGGGACCAGGAGAGGAACCGGCAGCCAGCCGUUCCCAGCAACAGCCUGGAGAGAGGAGCUCCGCGUGAAGCGGGAACGCCCAUGCAGAGGAAUUUGAGCUGCGUUGACGCCGAAGGAAGCCGUCUACUGUUAAGUAUACUGCCGGUUACGCUGUACGGAGCGGGGCGAAAGGUGGAUACGUAUGCUCUCCUAGAUGAGGGUUCCUCCGUCACGAUGAUCGAUGACGAGCUACGAAAGGAUCUUGGAGUGCAAGGAGAGCGUCGGCAGCUAAAUAUCCAAUGGUUUGGAGGUAAGGCAACCAGAGAGCCUACCAACGUGGUGAGUCUGAAGAUAAGUGGAGUUGGAAAGCCCACUCGCCAUGUAUUGAAAAACGUUUAUGCCGUUUCGAGUUUGAGUUUGCCGAUGCAGACAUUGAACCGACGAGAUGUCCAGGGCGUGCACAGGGAUGCGCGUCUGACGAUGAAGCCUUACAGCAACGUGGUGCCGAAGCUGCUCAUCGGCCUGGAUCACGGACAUCUGGGGUUGCCACUUAGGACGAGGCGGUUCGCUCGAAAGGGACCGUAUGCGGCCGCAACCGAGCUGGGCUGGGUUGUGUUUGGGCCUGUAAGUGGGCAACCGACCACGCCGUCACCGAGGUCCUGCCUACUUGCCGUGUCAGUGGAUAACGCGAUGGAAAAGAUGGUGGAGGACUACUUCGACAUGGAGAACUUUGGAGUGAAGCCCGCGCCGCCGGUCGCAGCCAGCGACGAUGUUCGGGCCCAAAGGAUACUCGAAGACACCACGGUGAAAGUGGGGCGUCGCUACCAGACGGGAUUACUCUGGAAGGACGACCACGUUGUGCUGCCACCGAGCUAUGAGAUGGCGUACAGGAGGCUGGUCAACGUCGAGAAGAAGAUGAAGCGCAACAAGCCGUUGGCGCAGGAAUACGAUCGGAUUAUAAAGGAUUACGUGUCUAAAGGAUACGCGAGGAGGCUGCAGCCGGAGGAGGUCGCGGUAAGGAGCGAUCGCCUAUGGUAUUUGCCACAUUUUGGUGUCGAAAACCCAAACAAGCCCGGCAAGGUACGGCUUGUGUUUGAUGCUGCAGCCAAAGUUGGAGGAGCCUCGCUAAAUUCGGAGCUGGACAAAGGGCCUCAGCACUAUAAGCCUUUGCCGGCUGUGCUCUUUCAUUUCAGAGAGGGAGCCGUCGGAGUCUGCGGUGACAUCAAGGAGAUGUUCCACCAAGUGCUGAUCCGACCCGAGGAUAGAUGUUCCCAACGAUUCCUCUGGAGAGAUGGCGACGACGAGAGAGAUCCGGAUGUCUACGAGAUGGACGUAAUGACGUUUGGAGCAGCCUGCUCGCCGAGCGCUGCGCAUUACGUGAAGACUAUGAAUGCCCUGAAGUAUCGGGAUUCGGAUCCGAGAGCGGUCAAGGCCAUCACCGACUACCAUUAUGUGGAUGACUACGUGGACAGUUUCGCUACAGAGAGCGAGGCUAUCAGCGUAUCUACCCGAGUGAAGGAGAUACACAAGGAUGCUGGAUUCGAAUUAUGCAAGUUUUCAUCCAGCUCACCCACCGUGGAGACGGCUUUAGGACCUGGUCGAGUCAAGAGCGUCGGAUGGGGUGAGGCUGAAGAGAAAAUCCUCGGAAUGCGUUGGCAAGUAGCAACAGAUGACUUCAGAUUCAACGUGGAGUAUCAUCGAGUGCCAAGCAGCGUCCUGAGUGGAGAUCGAGUCCCUACGAAGAGGGAAUAUUUGAGCCUGGUGAUGUCAACGUUUGAUCCCCUGGGAUUCCUGUGCUGCCUCAUGGUUACAGCGAAGCUGCUGCUGCGAGAGAUUUGGAGGCAGAAGAUCCAGUGGGACGAACCACUACCGGAGGAGUUAGGCAAAGCCUUUGCGAUUUGGCGCAAAGAGAUGGACGCCGUGGGACAGUUCCGAUGUCCGCGCCAUUAUUUUGGGCGUGGAGCAGUCCGGGCCGUAGAGUUGCACGUCUUUGUGGAUGCUAGUCAGGCAGCAUUCGCGGCGGUGGCCUAUUGGAGGGUCACACAUGAGGACGACGACGUGCAGGUGAGCUUCGUGAGUGCGAAGACGAAGUGUGCCCCAAUGAGAACGAUGACGAUCCCACGGCUGGAGCUGCAGGCAGCAGUUCUUGGAACCAGGCUGAUGAACUCUGUCAAGGAGGAGCACAGUGUGGUCAUCACGGACCUGGUGUUAUGGACGGACUUUAAGACGGUACUGAGAUGGAUCGGCACCCACCGCCGGUAUAAGCAGUUUGUUGGCAACCGAGUGGCGGAGAUUUUGGAGUCAUCGAAGGUUUCCCAAUGGAGAUGGGUGCCUACAGCCGACAAUGCGGCUGAUGAUGCGACGCGGUCGCAGAAAGGAGUCGACCUUAGCCAGGAAUCAAGGUGGCUAAGAGGACCUGCAUUUUUGAGGCAGCCAGGAGCCAGCUGGCCGGGGCCUGAGGAAGGAACUGAGCGUGUUCCAGAUGCCCCUGAUGAAGAAGAGAUGCCCUGUGAGUUUGCAUUAGUUGCGGCAGACAAUUUUAUUAUUCCGUUUCAGAGAUUCUCGAGCUUCAGUCGCCUGAUGAGGACCACAGCCUGGGUCCUACGGUUUGUGCGCUGGUGCCGCAAACAGCGAAACGAGCUCGAGGAAUACGGCCUUACUGCAGCAGAAUGUAAGGCCGCGGAGAACCUGUUGGUCAGACAGGCACAAUUGGAGUCGUUCCCCGACGAGAUGAGGUCGGCGAAAACUGGACAGGACGUCGCUAGAUCGAGCGACAUUCGAGGGUUGGUGCCCUACCUAGACGAGGACGGGAUUCUGCGAGCUUACGGCAGAAUUGAUGCCGCACUGUGCAUGCCGUACAGUGCGAGGAGGCCCGUAUUACUGUCACACAGGCACAGUCUGACAGAGCUGAUUGUGAGAGACUUCCACGCCAGGAUGAAGCAUCAAAAUGUGGAUGCUACGAUCCGGACAAAGUUCUGGGUCACAAAGAUGAGGCGUGUGAUGCGGAGAGUCAUCUCAUCGUGCAACGAGUGCAAGUUGCAGCGAGCGCGGCCGAUGCCGCCGAUAAUGGGACCCCAUCCGGAAGACAGACUGGAUGCGGGUGGAUGGCCAUUCAAAUACACAGGACUGGACUACUUUGGGCCACUGCUGGUGACUGUGUCCCGUCACAAGGAGAAGCGUUGGGUCGCCUUGUUUACGUGUUUGACGACAAGGGCGAUUCACCUGGAGCUGGCGCAUGACCUGUCGGCGGAUUCCUGCAUAAUUGCGAUCAGGAACUUCGUCUGCCGUAGAGGGCCAGUAUAUAGACUGCGCAGCGAUAACGGCAAGAACUUCGUGGGAGCUGACAGGGAAGCCAGGCGCUUCGGUGACGUAUUCGAGAUGGAGAAGCUUCAGAGUGAGUUGUCAAGCAGAAGCAUUGAAUGGGUUUUUAAUUGUCCAGCGAACCCGUCUGAGGGCGGAGUUUGGGAGCGCAUGGUGCAGUGCGUCAAGAGAGUACUGCGUCAUACCCUGAAGGAAGUUGCGCCGAGGGACCAUGUAUUGGAGAGUUUCCUGAUUGAGGCGGAGAAUAUUGUAAACUCGCGUCCGCUCACCCACUUGCCUGUGGAUGCGGACCAGGAGGCGCCGUUGACGCCAAACGAUCUACUCAAGGGAGUAGCCAAUCUGCCGGAUACGCCUGGAUUGGAUGCGGAGCUGCCCAAGGAGGGUUCUACGAGGAAGCAGUGGAGGAUUGCUCGCCUGCUACGAGACCGUUUCUGGAGGAGGUUGGUCAUGGAGUACCUGCCUACGCUUGUGCGCCGCGAGAAGUAG